AUGUUUUACACGGCAAAACGCUCUCCCCGCACUUCAAACUAUGUAGAGAGCGGCACCAACGGCUGUUGCUCCAAUCCUGUGAAGAAGAGGGGUGUAUUCGACAACUCUGUCAAGGUCAGCACCAUCCAGCGGAAAGGUGUUCGCAUUGUCUUCGCUCCUGAUCCUACCAGCUGGAAGAAGCUGCCUGCGAUGCGACUUCGACUUGACCAUCUGAAUCCCACAAUCCGUCCGUCUUCUCCUUCAUUGCCUUCUACCAAUUUGGUGAGCACCUUUUAUGGUACCUACCAUGUCUGCGAUGUCAACGGCCACCCUUCAAUCUGUAUCUCAAACGGCCCUGGCUCCUCCGUGUCCAAUAUGAACGCACCGCCGGUUUUGGAUCUCACAGAUUUGCGAGCGAAAUACCAAGGUUGGUUGUUGACUACUCGCAUGGAAGGUGACUUUGCCGGGAAAUGCCUUCAGACAAUGAGCAUCAAUCAUCUGCACCAGUUCAGUAUUAAUUUUAGGAAUUACAUUGUACAGAUUCAGUUUAUUUCAAACUCUAUUCUCAUCUUAUCUGCAGCUUAUUCGUUGGAGACUGUUAUGAUUGUCAGAUUGACACUAAGAAUGAUAAUGCAGAACAACAAGCAUCUGAUAAGACAUAUGUAA